AUGUCUAUUGAAUGGGGGAGGCAAGCAUGGGACGAGUUAUCCAACAGCACCAUCAAAAAGUGCUUUCAGAGCACAGGGAUGUAUCCACAAGACCCAGUUGUAGAAGAUGAUCCAUUCGAGGGAGAAGAGCUACAUGAUCUGCAAAAUCUUAUCGACAGAUUUGACACACAGCUAACAGCAAAUGAAUUUAUCGCAGCUGAAGAUGACAUUGAAGUUUGUUCGGGUUUAGUUGACAGCACCAAUCCAAACUGGAGGAAUGAUCUGCGUGAAGAACUGCUUCAUGACGACAUAGAGGACGAAUUGUCAAUCUUAGAAGACAAAGAACUACUAGCUGGAGAACAGGAUGCAGAAUAUGAUAUGGAAAGUGCGCAGUCGUCAAUUAAAACAGUGCGAGAAGCGAUGGAAUCCGGUGAUGAAUUGCGAAAAUUUGCUCAAUUUAACGGACACCGAGAGCUUUCGCUUGCUAUGUUAAGGGUGAAUGACUUGUUGAGUCAAAUUAAACUGAGCAGUCCGCAACAACAAACAAAAAUUCAUGACUAUUUUUCAGCGGCUUAA